UCUCCCCACUCUCUUCUCCCUUAACCCAUUCACCCUCUCUUUCUCUCUCCUCAAAGUUUUGCUCUGUCUCCAGAAAAACUCCAUUAAAAUGGAAUCAUCUGCAACAUCAUCUAUCAGAAGGCCUUUUUUCCGCGGCGGAGAAGACGACGGUUUAGCUUCAAUCGCUGGUUUUUCCGGUAACAACCACCCUAAUACUACCAACAAUAACAACCACGGAUAUCCCGUAAAUCAUCAUCAGAAUCAGCCUUUUACGUGCUACAACGGCGACGGCGGUGGUGGUAUUAUGAUGAGAAGAAGGAAUAGUCUUAGAAAUAUAACUUCUCUUUCCCCUGUUUCUUCUCCUACUAGAUCCGUAUCCGCUCGCCUGUUUGAUGCUAGAUUUGAAGAGCUCCAUUCUCCUCAUUUCCUCGAAUCAUGCCAUCUUUGCAAGAAGCCUCUCGGCGGUAACCGCGAUAUCUUCUUGUACAGAGGGGAUACGCCGUUCUGCAGUGAAGAGUGUAGGCAAGAACAGAUUGAUAUUGACGAAUCCAAGGAGAAGAACAGAAAAAUGAAGGCGUUAAGAAGCAAGAAAGAAGCAAAUAAAUCAAGUUCUGCUAAUUCAUCAUCUUCCCCUAGUAAAACCCCAAGCUACCCUUUUCGGACCGGAACUGUCGUCGCUGCGUAAACUUCACUACUUACAAUAACAGCGAAAAAAAAUAAGGGAAAAAAGAUCCAAAUUUCCCCAAUUAAAGACUUCAAUUGGGGAAAAAGAAGAAAAAAGUGUUACAUAAAUAUAAAGGAAUUAGGGGUUUUUGUUUACUGAUGAUGAUCUUGGAAGAUCUAUUUUGGGGAGAAGUUUGUGAAAUUGUGGAUUGACUUUGUUGAUUUACAGUCAAAGGAGAAAGAAAGAGAGGAAAACAGAGCUCAUGAGAGUGUUAUGCAACAAGAAGAAGAAGAAAUCGCAGGGAUGUGCAUAUGAUGAUGGAUGGGUUUAUUUUAGAUGGGAAAUUACUCUAUGAAUGGCUCUUUUUUUUGUUUUUGUGAAGUAAUCCCAAUAAAAUGGGUUUGGAAAAAAAAAUAAAAUAA